AUGACCCAGCAACUGACGGACAGGAGCGACGUCUACAGCUUCGGGGUGGUGAUGCUGGAGCUGAUCACCGGGAAGGUACCCAUCGAAAAGGGGAGGUACAUCGUUCGCGAUAUCAGGGACGCCAUGAACUCGCAGGACCGGGACCUGUGCGGCCUGAGGGAGUUCAUCGAUCCGUACCUCCGCAACUCGCCGGCCCUCGCCGGCUUCGCCAGGUUCGUCGGCCUGGCCGUGCGCUGCGUCGAGGGGUCGGCGUCGGCGCGCCCCACGAUGAGCGAUGUUGUGAAGGAGAUCGAGUCCAUCUUGCGGGACGAAGGGGUCAACACGGCCCCCACCUCUGCGGCCUCAUCCGCUAUAGACAUCGACGCCGCGAGCGGUGGCGGCGGCGGCGCCCACCCCCCCUACCCCUACGGCGACCCGUGGUGA